AUGUGUGGAAUUGCGCUGAUUGUUUCCGGAAUUCGCAUCGACUUAUCGUCUCUUCUCCCAGAUUUCAUCUCUCCGACUCCUCAAUUCCAUCAGCAGGCUUUGUUUUUAGAAGAAGAUAUCAAAACUGUUUUGCGUAGAAGAGGUCCAGACAGCUUAGGAAGCAAGACUGUGUUUCUUCAUUUCAAAACCUCUCCUUUUGGUGAAGGGAAAUGUGAAAUUGUUGCUAUUAAUGAUAAUGAAAAUUGUAGUAAAAAAACUGACAUCAAGCUCAGUAAUGGUAGUGCUAAAGAAUUGUUUGGAGAACUACGGUUUAUUGGGGCUACAUUGCAGCUUAGAGGAGUUAAUCCUAUUGUUCAGCCUUUGGUGGAUGAAUGUGGAAAUAUUCUUGUCUACAAUGGUGAAAUUUUUGGAGGUAUUUGUGUGGCUAGCUAUGGCAAUGACACGGAGGUUCUGAUGCAAUCCUUGAGAGAAUGCUGCUGUUGUAUUUCAAGUGGACAUAAUAGAUCUCAUUUUUCUGAUGGACAACUGCAGAGCUCAAUUCCUGAGCUUCUUUCUCGAAUCAAGGGACCAUGGGCUAUGAUAUAUUGGCAGAAUAGCUCAAAGACAUUGUGGUUUGGAAGAGAUGCAUUUGGCAGGCGGAGCCUUCUUGUUCAUUGGCCUACUAAGGAGGACUCUCGUUUUCUGCUAUCUUCUGUGUCACCACCUUCUUCAACUUGUGAAAGCUCAGGCUUCAGUGAUUGUGAACAAAGUUAUAGCGUGGACUUCUGGGAAGAACUUCCAUGUGGAGUGUACAAUUUAUCUAUUGGUGCUUAUCAAACCAAUAGAGAUUUGGUUGGUGACAUUAGGAAACAUGAUUGGCCUGAUCCAAAACUUAAAGAACUGAUUAGGUGGGAGAGAACUUGCGUACAACCCACCCCAGAGGAAUUGCACAGUUCUCGGAUAGAGGUCUCUUGUGAGCAGGACAAUAUUCGCAGUAAUUCUGUUUCAGGUCGUAUACAGUGUUCAUCUACAUUGCCACUGCAGAAAGUGAUGAAUGCUUUAAGAGAAUCUGUAAUGAAAAGAACUUCAAAUGAUACAGUUUAUCAGGCAGUUUCACUUGGAUGUGAUCAUAAAAACUAUGCUCCAGUAGCACUGCUCUUUUCUGGCGGAUUGGAUUCUAUGAUACUUGCAGCAUUGAUGGAUCAGUGCAUGGAUGCUGAAUAUGAAAUUGAUCUACUUAAUGUAAGCUUUGAUGGUCAGUGUGCUCCUGAUAGAAUUUCUGCUAGGGCAGGUCUAAAGGAACUUCAAAGAAUUGCCCCAUCAAGAAGAUGGAAACUUGUAGAAAUUGAUGCCGAUCUUCAAAAGUUGACCUCCGAAACAAAACAUGUCAUGUCACUAAUAAAUCCUGCAAAGACCUACAUGGACCUGAAUAUUGGAAUAGCACUAUGGUUGGCAGCUGGUGGUGAUGGUUGGGUGUAUCAAAACACGAGCGCUAGUAAUGGAGAAAGAUUUGAAUGUAUCAAGUAUAAGUCUGACGCCAGGGUUCUCCUGGUAGGCUCUGGUGCCGAUGAGCAGUGUGCUGGAUAUGGCCGGCAUAGGACAAAAUUUAGAAAUGGAAGCUGGCUAGGGUUGAGUGAGGAAAUGAAAUUAGACAUGCAAAGGAUUUGGAAGAGGAAUCUAGGACGAGAUGAUAGAUGCAUUGCCGACAAUGGCAAGGAGGCUAGAUUUCCUUUCUUGGAUGAGGACGUCAUAAGGACAUUGCUUGAUAUUCCUUUGUGGGAGAUUGCUGACCUGAAUCAACCAAGUGGUGUUGGGGAUAAGAAAAUCUUGAGAGAGAUUGCCCAGUUGCUUGGAUUAUCUGAAGCAGCUUCUCUGCCCAAAAGAGCAAUCCAGUUUGGUUCAAGGAUAGCACGAGAAUCAAAUCGCAAGAAUUUUGGAAGCAAUCGUGCUGCCAAUCAAGCGUCUGCCGGAAGUGUAGUGAUAUACGGGCCAUCAAACUAAAUCUGUUAGCACUCUCGUGUUAUCUUUACUGGAGCUUGGAGAAGCUCCGUUUCACACUGCAACAAUGAGAAGGAGAGGAAGAAGACAAAGCUAUGUUGAAUGACAACUUAAGGAAACAGGGAAGAUAUCUCCUUUGCUAGGUUCCAACUUAUUUAUGCUCUUCUUGUCACCAAAUGAAUAGGAGGGAUCUAUUAAUUGAAUAUGUUGGUCAACAUUCCACAAAUCAAACAACUUUAAUGUUAUAGUUGAGUUAUUCCACAAUGUUUAAUUGAACUUUGUAUGAGAGAGAUAUGACAAAAAUACUCUCAGCAUGUUGCAAUGUGCAUCUUUUAACAUUUUUGUUUAGAAA